AUGUUAUCAAUCCUCAAGCGUAUAUACCGACUACCUGAGCUACAACCAACACAAACAGAUUCGCUCAAACGCGCACUUGAAACUCUUGAAUUUAGCAAAGUAGCACAUGGCUUGGAUGUCCUCUAUUGCGAAUUAUUACUACUGAAGUUACAAAACCGUAUGCCAAGCCCAGAGAUUAUUCAAGAAUGCUAUUUUAAUCAACUUCUCGGCGACAUGGAUGCUUCUACAGAUGUUCCUACAGUUUGGUUUACAAGUGAACUUCUCCAAGUAUACCCCAGCGCCAAAGUUAUUCUGAACUGCCGUUAUAAUAUACAUGCUUGGGAAAAGAGCUUCCGCGAAUCGGUAUUAGUAAUAAUACAAAGUGACUUCGAAAAAAAUGCCGAGAAAUCAUAUCAGGACCACUACAAGGGUUUAAAGGCACCUCUCUGCAGCUUCCUUGACCUACCGGUGCCAGAUGCAGAAUUUCUGAGAGGUAACAUUGCCUCUGAAUUUAUCUCCAAAUUGAUGACUGUGGAUGAAGGACAGAUAUAA